UUGCAUACUUAAAUUUGAGCUCUUAUGUAGAUUUAAACUCAGCAAAUUAUAUAUUUCUUUUAGAAAUUUCCACUUUGAUUUUUAAUGAACAAUGGUGCAUUUAGAAAGAACAUUUAACAUCUGAAUAAUUGUCUUUUUCUCUGUAGAUGAGGCAGUUGGAACCCAGCCACUAUGGCCUACAACUUCGAAAAUUAGUGGAUGAGAACGUUGAGUACAGUAUUCCUGCACCGUAUGAAUAUAUGCAAGAGCAGGUUUAUGAUGAAAUAGAAGUCUUUCCACUAAAUGUUUAUGGCGUGCAGCUCACAAAGACCGGGGGUGUGUCUGACUUCGGUCUUUGUUGCUGCACCCGGGCUUUCCCUAGUUGCGGGUUUGCAGUGACCGCGCAGGUGGACGGCCACCAGCAUCUCAGCCGCAUUUUUAUAAGUGAUGUUCUCCCGGAUGGCCUGGCAUAUGGGGAAGGGCUGAGAAAGGGCAAUGAAAUCAUGACCUUAAAUGGGGAAGCUGUGUCUGCUCUUGACCUCAAGCAGAUGGAGGCCCUGUUUUCUGAGAAGAGUGUCGAGCUCACUCUGACUGCCAGGCCGCCGGACACAAAAGCAACUCUGUGUUCUUCCUGGUCAGACAGUGACCUGUUCUCAAGGGACCAGAAGGGUCUGCUGCCCCCUCCUAACCAGUCCCAACUCCUGGAGGAAUUCCUGGAUAACUUUAAAAAGGAUACGGCAAAUGAUUUCAGCAAUGUCCCUGACGUCACAACUGGCCUGAAAAGGAGUCAGACUGAUGGCACGCUGGAUCAGGUCUCCCACAGGGAGAUGGAGCAACCGUUCAGGAGUGCUGAGCAGAUCGCCGCGCUCUGUAGGGGUUAUAACGACACGCAGACCGACGGCAUGGAAGGACCAAGGGAGAGUCAGGACCCGCCUCCGAGGCCGCUGGCUCGCCACCUCUCGGAUGCACAUCGCCUCCGAAAAGUCAUCCAGGAGCUCAUGGACACAGAGAAGUCCUAUGUGAAGGUAACAGAAGAUGCUGUCACAAUUUCCUGCUCCCCUCCUGUGACAGCCAGCUGUAUGUAUGUUGGCAGGGGUCUCCAGGUAUCUGCCGGGGACCCGGCCACUCACCAGGCAGAUGCCUGCUCCUUGAAGUGGCGAGCUGCUGAAGGGGAGGGCGAGAGGACGGAAGAGCUGAGAGGGCUCGCAAAAAUUAGAUUCCCCGGUCGUUUUGUUACCAAGGUAGCUUUCACUAUGGAAACAGAUGUUCUGGUUUGUCAUUUGCAAUCUGUGGGACGGGAGCCUGUACCGGUUUAGGGAAAGGGGGAACGGAGAUCACUUUAGGCGUUGAGGAACCAGGGAAUAGCUCGUCUGCAAGCAGCUGCCGGAACGGGCUCCGGAGGGCAGGCGGUCACCGCGCAGGACAGAGCCCC